GAGCGCGACUGCGCCGGCGCAUUGACGGGAGAGUCUGCCGCGGCGAUGGACGUGUUUCUCAUGAUCCGGCGCCACAAGACCACCAUCUUCACUAACGCCAAGGAGUCCAGCACGGUGUUCGAGCUGAAGCGCUUCGUAGAGAGAAUCCUCAAGCGGCCACCCGACGAGCAGCGGCUGUACAAGGACGACCAACUCUUGGAUGAUGGCAAGACACUGGGCGAGUGCGGCUUCACCAGCCAAACAGCACGACCACAGGCCCCAGCCACGGUGGGACUGACCUUCCGGGUAGAUGAUACCUUUGAAGCCCUGUGCAUCGAGCCGUUCUCUAGUCCGCCCGAUCUCCUCGACAUGAUGAAGCCCCAGGACUCGGGAAGCGGUGCUAAUGACAAGCUGUGCAGUGAGGGCCCCCCAGAGGCCCAUGCCCCCCAAUAAAAGAGUUUUGGGAGUCUGAAAAAAAAUAACCUGGGAAAGGUUUGUACUAUGACAUUAAGUUAAACAAAUUACAUAUUCAAAAUGAUUACAACGACUUGAAAGCCAUAAAAAAAUCUUACAAAGAACCCCCAAAGUUAACUAUUUUUCACAUUGGAAGAUGAUGUUAUUACCUCCUUAUUCCUUUAAAACUUUUCCUCUUUGUUCUCUUACGAUUGACGUUACAAACAUAAUUGAAAACCAAUAAACCUACUUUAAAAAAAGCAUGGCGUAUUUAUUAGUUAUUAAGCCAUUUGUACUGUUAUGUCACAUUUGAUUUGUAAAUUACUGUUCCGCUUAGCUUUGAGUCUAGCAUUAUGUGUAAGAUGUGGAAGGAUGGAAAAGACCGGAAAGAGUGGAGAUUGGCCGGGACCUGAGUUAGUUGAUGAAGGGGUAUGAAGGCAGGAUGGGGCCGGGCGCAGUGGCUCAUCCCUGUUUUCUUAGCACUUUGGGAAGCUGAGUAGGGAGGAUCACUUGAGCCAACAUUUGAGACCAGCUUGGGCAGGGUAAUGGGAGCCUGUCUCUACAAAAA